AUGUCGAGCUCUGCAGAGCUGCAACGCGAACGCGAAGUGCAGAGUUACUUCCAGAGCUGGCAGAUAGCACAAGGCUCUUCACUUAGAGUCGCCCGCAAUGUCGAUGGAAUCUCGGCACCCUCCCAAAUCAAUGACGCAAACGUCCCUCAGCCUUCCUCCGACAAGGCCCUCUCCGCCUUUGCUCAGCUGGCUGUCUUCCGUCUCAACGUGAAGCGUGCUAUGGUCUCGCUUAUCGAUACGAACAACCAGUACAUCCUCGCCGAAGCCACACGCAAUUUGCGACUCGGGACAUUAGCAGACGAUCCCAACGAUAAGAACAAACAGAAGGGUUAUAAGAUCGGAGCAUACGCUGUCUCGGACGAACUACCCCGCGAGGGCUUGACGGUAGAGGACGUCAAGUUUAUGCAGAGCGUUGCGCAAGCGAUUACGGAACAUCUCGAAUGGGCGCGCGAUCGUGUUGAUAGGUUCAAAGGUGAACGCAUUGUGCGUGGUUUGGCAACUUUUAUUGAGGGAUGUUCCAGCGACGACCCCACCUUGUCAAAGGAUGACCAACCUCAACGUCCUUCGAUCAAGCGCCCUCCAGGCAUGUCGAUCUCAGCCACGCGACGCUCGUCACUACAUAACAAUAUGCGUAAAGUCGAUCCCGACUCUACCAGGCGGUCGCAGAAAGAGACGUCGCCAAACCGAAAGACCAAACCGAAAACGGACGGCUUAUCAAGAAUGUAUCACCGAGCAGCUGACAACUUGCGAUCCUCCAUAUUGGCGGAUGGUGUUGUGCUCUUUGGUGCCACAGCCGCCAACAUCCAGCACAUGAGCAAAACUUUCCAAGUAGACCACAGUGACAACGCGAGCUCUGAAGACUUGCCGACACGGGUCGCGGCCGAGCCUGAUGGCUUCAGUACAGAUAGUUCCGACUCAGAAGCGUCACCAACCUCUAGGCCGUGUAAGUUGCUUGCCUAUUCGCUUGCUGACAAGAGCCAGCCUUUGGAUCUCGAGAAGGGCCCUUCUUUCUCGAUUGGAACGUUGGAGAAAUACUUCUCUCGUUUCCCCAAAGGAAAAGCUUUCACAUUCACAGAGGAAGGAGCUGGCCUCUCUUCCGAUGAUGAUAGCGCGAGCGAUGCAAGUUCCGUCCCUACAGCCGGAAGGCAUAAGCGCCGCAAGGACAAGAACAAGAACAAGGACAUUAUGGAUCACAGGGAACUGCUUAAGAAGAUACCCGGCGCCAAGGCUAUCGUCUUUCUUCCACUCUUUGACUAUGUCGAGGAUAAACUGAUGGGUGGAUGUUUUCUUUGGACAUCAGCCCCAGGCCGCAUGAUGAACCUGGAUGAGGACUUAUCCUACCUUCGUGCAUUUGGAAACAGCAUCACGAGUCAAGUUGGGCGCAUAAAUACGAGGAAGAAUGAAGCGGCAAAGACGACAUUUAUUGCGAGCAUGAGUCACGAAUUGAGAAGUCCCUUGCACGGUAUUCUGGGUGCUGCCGAGUUUCUCAAGGACGCGGUGACCGAUUCAUACGAAGUUGGUCUAGUCAACUCAAUUGCAACGUGCGGAAAAACACUUCUCGACACGUUAAACCAUGUGCUCGACUUUAGCAAGAUAAAUAACCUUGGAAGCGGACGGACUAGGAAGGGGAAGCACGCCAAGAUCAUCAGUUUGUCUUCUGAUUCAAUGGAAAGCUUGAAUAUGACUGCAGCGGUAGACCUCUCCGUACUUGUCGAGGAGGUUGUCGAUGCUGUUGCCACUGGUCAUAACUUCAAGAAACUGCCCAAAAAGUCGGUGGAUCAAGGAUGCGAUGGGAUGUUAGGCGCAGGAGAACAAGUUGUUGGUGGGCUUGGAACCGAGCAUCCUGUUUCAAUUCUUUUGGAUAUCACCCCGAGAACAUCUUGGAUGGUCAGGACGCAACCAGGCGCCAUCCGAAGAAUUGUUAUGAACCUGUUUGCCAACGCCUUGAAGUAUACAGCAAUAGGGUUCGUCUGCGUUUCGGUACGAGCCCAAGAGAUUAGCGACGACGCAAGGAUCGACGUCAUGAUCCGGGUAACCGAUACUGGCAAAGGCAUGUCCGAAGACUUUCAACAGAACCGUCUUUUCGUUCCUUUCAGCCAGGAAGAUUCUUUCCAGCCCGGCACUGGCUUAGGAUUGAGCAUUGUCAAACAGAUUGUGGACUCGCUUGGAGGAACUCUUGAGGUCAAAUCGGAACAGGGCAAAGGCACCGAGAUAGAAGUUCGGUUGCGUCUGGAACCUGUUCCCGAAGAAGGAAACAAGUCAGAAGAGCCUAUGGAUACAAUGAAGCAAAAGCUUCAAGGACAAUCAUUGGUACUUCUGGAACCAAGCGAAGACUUUAAUUCUAACACCAUCACCCAGCAAGUCAAGGUGCGCAAUGAGGCUUUAAUUGAGAUAUUUUCAAGCUGGUUCAGCAUGAAGGCUGCGAGGGAAAUCGACACCAACCCUCCAGAGGCCGACUUUUAUCUGUAUUGUGAGCCGCCGUCCGCCAAAACACUGGAAAAGCGCUUCCAGGAAACAGUAGCGGAGGGUCCCAGGAACAAGAAGACACCCAUCAUCAUCAUCAGCUUGAACGAGGAGGAGGCGGCAAAGAUAUCACGAGCCCAGACCACAGCCCUGGCCAAGUUAUCUAACGUGGUUGAAGUCAUUCCACAACCAUGCGGCCCUAGAAAACUUGCGCAAGUGUUUAGCCGAUGCUUGCAACGGAUCAAAGAAGUUAAAGAUGAUGACGGUGACGGCCAAUUAGUCCACAGUGCUUCUACUGAUAACAAGACAAGAGGCGGACAUGGAACUCCUAAGACGAGAGGUGUGGCAGAGCGUAUGAACUUAACAUUGCAUCGAGAUGGGAAUAAUAUGUCAGACGAUGCACAUACCACCACCACACCGCUACCUGAGGAUGAGCAAAGCCAGUCCGAAUCCAAAGAGGAUGGCUAUGUAGGCAGGAUCAAGAGCCAAAAAGAUCAUCAAAAACAAAUGGAACAUUACAACAACGACAGCAAAAAGGAGGAACAGAGCAACAAUCGCAAGAAGGACGUUGAGACGAAGAUGGAGAACCAUGCUCGCGAAGAGCAGGAACACGGCCAGCCGGAUGGCCAAAAACAAGACGGCAGCAUCGAACAGAAUGACAAGUCAGCACGGGAGUCACAAAAACCAAACAAACCAGAAAUGCCCAACAAGGCCCAUGUGUUGCUAGUUGAUGACAACAAGAUCAACCUCAACCUCUUGACCAUGUUCAUGAAGAAGUGUGGCUUCACCUACGAAGAAGCCGAGAAUGGAGAAGAGGCAGUCGAGACGUUUACAAAAUCAACCAUCGGCAAGGGUGAACCUCGAGGCCCUAUCAAGAAGCGGUUCGAUUACGUACUGAUGGAUAUCAGCAUGCCCGUUAUGAAUGGCGUUGAGGCGACAAAGAGGAUUCGAAAGAUCGAGGCUAAGUACAAGGUCCCUCGGACGACAGUGUUUGCGUUGACAGGUCUGGCGAGCGCGGAUGCAAGGCUUGAUGCGAUAUCUGCUGGUGUGGAUUUGUUUCUGCCAAAGCCUGUCAAGUUUGCUGAGCUCAAGACCAUGCUUGAAAAUAACUAGAUGUGUAAACAACUUAUGUGGCUUGUACUUGUUUAUGAUAGAUUUUUAAUAGAGCACAUGGAAGAUCAGUUGGCUGUCGCUUUGAUGUGCACGAUAUAAAACGUGUCUUGAAAGCAUUCAUGGGGCUAUCAAGAGGUGUAGUAAG